UAGGUUAAGAAUUGCUGUUUCCACCCCUCUGGAAUCAACUUAGUACGGGAAUGAAAGUCUCUGCCUGGUGACGCAAAGCGACCUCAGCAGAUGAGCUUCCAAGGACUGGAGAAGUGAAGGAUGUGCACUCAGUGUGUUCCUCCUAGUCCAUUGGCAGCUUGGGAUAAGGGGAGAGAGCCAGCUGUGAAGGGCCAGCAGCAUGGGAAAUGCCCAGGCCAGUUACUCCUUACUUCAUUCAUGUUGCUAAAGUGAACCCUCUUGUUUCCUUGCAAGAUGAAAGGAGACAACCAUGAAUGAGCCACUGGAUGGUUUAGCAAACGCUUCUGAUUUCCCCGAUUAUGCAGCUGCUUUUGGAAAUUGCACUGAUGAAAAAAUCUCCCUCAAGAUGCACUACCUCCCUGUUAUCUAUGGCAUCAUCUUUCUCGUGGGCUUCCCGGGGAAUGCAGUAGCCAUCUCCACUUACAUUUUCAAAAUGCGGCCCUGGAGAAGCAGCACCAUCAUCAUGCUGAACCUGGCCUGCACUGACCUGCUGUACCUAACCAGCCUCCCUUUCCUCAUCCACUACUACGCCAGCGGGGAAAACUGGAUCUUUGGGGAGUUCAUGUGCAAGUUCAUCCGCUUCGGCUUCCAUUUCAACCUGUACAGCAGCAUCCUCUUGCUCACCUGUUUCAGCAUCUUCCGCUACAUCGUCAUCAUCCACCCAAUGAGCUGCUUUUCCAUCCACAAGACUCGGUGGACGGUGCUAGCCUGUGCGGUGGUGUGGAUCAUUUCGCUGGUGGCGGUCAUGCCCAUGACCUUCCUGAUUACAUCAACUAACAUGACCAAUCGAUCCACCUGUCUUGACCUCACCAGUUCAGAUGACCUCACCACAAUCAAAUGGUACAAUCUAAUUUUGACUGCCACCACCUUCUGCCUCCCCUUGGUGAUCGUGACACUUUGCUAUACGACAAUUAUCAACACCCUAACUCACGGACCUCAGACUCAGAGCUGCCUUAAACAGAAAGCGCGCAGGCUGACCAUACUGCUCCUGCUCGUAUUUUAUAUAUGUUUUUUACCAUUCCAUGUCUUGAGGGUCAUUCGGAUUGAAUCUCGCCUGCUUUCCAUCAGCUGCUCCAUCGAGAAUCAGAUCCACGAAGCUUACAUCGUUUGUAGACCCUUGGCUGCUCUGAACACAUUUGGUAACCUGUUACUCUACGUGGUGGUCAGCAACAACUUCCAGCAGGCCAUCUGCUCAAUAGUGAGGUGCAAAGAAAGUGGGGACCUUGAGCAAGCAAAGAAAGUCAGUUGUUCAAACAACCCUUGAGAUACUUCAUAUACUCAACCAAAAAUAAAAUCCUAUUGAUAAUUUACUUACACUUCUGAGAAGUCCAGAAUAUCUCCUUCAAUGAAUGCCCAGUCGAUACUGUGUAUUCAGGUAAUUAUGGCUAAAGUCAAGGGCUGGGCACUAGAGUUCUCUAUAAUCUGCUUGUUGGGAUCUUCCUGUAGGUAGAAAUAAGAGAUGUAUGCUCACCAGUAAAGAAAUCAAGCAGAAUUAUAGAUGACUGGUCUGAGAGGCAUCUCAGGGAAUCUCUCAUUCUAUCAGCUUGUUAGAUAUAUGUGGGAACUGAAGUUUAUAUGAGUUUCCUGGAUCUUAAAUUAGUGCCAAGUUAGGAAAACAAAACAAACAAUCUCUUUGCUCCCAGUUUCGUGUCCUUCAAACUUUGCUUUGAGAUCAUUGAACUGGGUCUGAUCACUGGGUUUGGUCAGUUCUAUAAAUUGAAGCAAGCCAACAAGAUUCAUUAUACAAGAUGUCAAUGCAAAUAGUACCUGCAAGAUAUUGAGGGUGCUAUAUCUUUAUUGUUGUAGAGCAUCAUAAAAGUUGUUAACUGAAUUUAUGAGACUGAUUAGCAUUUAUAAUUAUCAAUAUGACCUGGGGAAGGAGGUCACACAUUUGAGGAACAGAAGUACUUUCUAACAGCGUGCAUGCAUUGGGUGUUAAGUCAGAUCUAAUAAUGUUUUGAUUUCUAUGGGGAAACACUCCAGGAAAUAUUAAUUAUCUUUAAAUAUUUUGUUCUUUUGUGACUAUAAACAAAAUAUAUCAUUGAAACUGCUGAAUUUAUUCUUUGAAUUGUGUCUGUGUGUGCUCGAUUAUCAGUGAGCGGAAAUAUUUGAGAAAAUAUCUGGUGUAGAUAUUUAAAUCCCUAGUAGGUGUGUUGAUACAAUUAAUAAACUUACUUUAAUUAAUUGUAUAUCAUCUUCUGAGAAGUGUCUGUUCAGGUCCUUGGCCCAUUUAUCAAUUGGGUUAUUUGUUUUUUUUGGUGCUUAGCUUUUGGGUUCUUUAUAUACCCUAGAGAUAGUGCUCUAUCUGCUGUGUGAGGAAUAAAGAUUUGCUCCCAAAAUGUAGGCUCUCUGUUCACCUCACAGCUUGUUUCUUUUGCUGAGAAGAAACUUUUUAGUUUGAAUCCUUGAUUUUAAUUCUUGCACCAAAAGAGUCUUAUUAAGGAAGUUGGAGCCUAAUCCCACAUGAUGGAGAUUAGAGCAUGCUUUUUCUUCUAUUAGACACAGGAUCUCUGGUUUUAUUCCUAGGUCCAUGAUUCAAUUUGAGUUGAGUUUUUUGCAUGGUGAGAGAUAGGGUUUUAAUUUCAUUUUGAUGCAUAUGGAUUUCCUGUUUUCCCAGCACUGUUGGUUGAAGAGGCUAUCUUUUCUCCAAUGAAUGUUUUUGGCACCUUUGUCUAAUAUAAGAUAAUUGUAGUUUUGUGGGUUAGUCUUUGUGUCCUCUAUUCUGUACCAUUGGUCUAUCAGUCUGUUUGGGUGCCAAUAUCAUGCUGUUUUUGUUACUAUUGCUCUAUAAUAUAGUUUAAGGUCUGGUAUAGUGAAUCCACCUGCUUCACUCCUCCUGCUAAGGAUUACUUUAGCUAUUCUGGAUCUCUUAUUUUUCCAGAUGGAUUUCAUGAUUGCUUUUUCUAUUUCUAUGAGGAAUAUCAUUGGUAUUUUGAUUGGAAUUACAUUAAAUUUGUAUAGUGCUUUUGGUAGUAUGGUCAUUUUGAUAAUACUAAUUCUGCCUAUCCAAGAGCAAGGUCUUCUAAGGUCUUCUUUGAUUUCUUUUUUUAGGGUUCAGUAAUUUUUAUUAUAUAGAUCUUUCACCUCUUUUGUUAAGUUUAUUCCCAAGUAUUUUUUUGAGGCUAUUGUAAAUGGGGUAAUUACCCUUUCUGAGGAUUUGUCAUUGAUAUACAGAAAUGUAUUUGAUUUAUGGGUGUUGAUUUUAUAUCCUGCUACAUUGCUGUAUUCAUUUACUAGUUAUAAAAGUUUUCUGGUGGAACUUUUUGGGUCUUCUGGAUACAGAGUCAUAUUAUCAGCAAAUAGUGUCAAUUUGAGUUCUUCUUUUCCUAUGUGUAUCCCUUUAAUUUCUUUCACCUGUCCAAUUGCUCUGACCAGUUUUUCAAGAACUAUGUUAAAUAGAAGUGGUGAAAGAGGGCAUCCCUGUCUCGUUCCAGUUUUUAGAGGGAAUGCCUUCAAUUUUUCUCCAUUUAGAAUGAUGUUGGGCUGGGCUUAGCAUAGAUAGCCUUUAUGAUGUUGAGAUAUGUUCCUUUUAUUCCUAAUUUUUCUAGUGUUUGAACAUGAAAGGGUGCUGUAUUUUGUCAAAUGCUUUUUAUGCAUCUAUAUGAUUCUUAUCUUUAAAUCUAUUGAUGUGAUGAGUUACAUUUAUUGAUUUCUGUAUGUUGGACCAACUUGCAUCCCUGGGAUGAAUCCCACUUGAUCAAAGAUGAUAUACAA